AUGCCAUCCUUGAGAUAUCUCGUCAUCAGACCUCACAUAUACAGCCCCGCAAAUGAAUCCUUGGAGAAUUUCGCUCACAUAUCACUAUCACGCCUGCGCUCGGUCACCCUCAGCAUAACACCUCAGGCCCUCACCACGUUCUUGCACUUCUCAACACUUCCAAACGUAGCCUCAUUUCAAGUCUCAAUGAAUUGCGAGGUUCCAUUCACUUCAGCCCUGGACGAAGCCCUCUCUGUUUUCGUCUCUCGCCACUCUCACAUUCCCGCACUCUCAAGGCCUUAUGAUUCACUACAAGUGCACGAAAACGUUAUCCAGCCUGCGGAUUUCGAGGUCAAGACGGACGAUAACUAUUUCAUGAUCAAGCUCCACAUUACCGAUCCCACUAUCCAUGAACCAUCCCGAGCGCAUGUGGAACAUGCUCUCAUCUCGAUUCUCACGAAGGUCCCGAUAACCCACCAGGUCCAGAAGCUCAGCGGGCUGUUAAAGCCCAAAACACUAGGACGUCCACAUGUAUGGUCGCGGGCGUGCGUCAGGAUGUCGUCCUUGAAAGACGUCUCUGGGUUGAAGUGUUGGAGCCGUGACGACUACUUUUACGGAGACACCUCGGAGGUGACUAAGGCGAUACAGAAGGCUGCUUUACGAGCGGGGAGAAGGGGUUUCUGA